ACUUAUGUCCAAGAUUUGAUUGAACUGGAAUUCGAUUCAUUGUACAAUUUGAUUGUGGAGCAACGUGGCCACAUCUAUGUGUGCGGCGAUGUCACAAUGGCUGAACAUGUAUAUCAGACGAUACGGAAGUGCAUUGCCGGAAAAGAACAAAAAACAGAAGCGGAAGUUGAGACAUUUUUACUAACAUUACGUGAUGAAAAUCGCUACCACGAGGAUAUAUUCGGUAUUACCUUAAGGACGGCCGAAAUACACACCAAAUCAAGGGCCACGGCACGUAUAAGGAUGGCCUCGCAACCUUAAGUUGCCGGCCAGCCAAAAGGCUUUGGCAAAGUAACGAAAUCAAUGGAAAUGUAGAGUUCAAGAUCUGAAGAUGUAUUGCAGUUGCACAAAAAAACCACGCGGUUCUUUACAAAAGAAUCACGAAAAGUGGAAACCACAACGGAAGACAAACACACAAAUUUUAUUAAAAGCAAUUUACAAAACUUUCAAAAAGACAAAAUUUUUUUCGAUAUAUCAAUGUAUGUAUGUGUAUAAUUUAAGGACAAAAAAAUAAAAAAAAAUAAAAAAAAAGGACGAAGGAAAAAUAUCAAAUAGUUAAAAUUACAUUUCUUCCUCAGUGUACUAACUCAAGAUAAACGAAAACAAAGUUCUUCUAUUUUUAAUACUACGAAUGUUACAACAAAAAAAUAUCACCUAAAUACAAAGAAACUUUAACGAAACCUUGAAACGAUUUCAGCAAAAAAAAAGAAAAAUCAGAAAAAUACACCAACAAAUACAAUUUCAAAAAAAGUACUCACUGAAAACUUAUUUUAAAUCAUCUCAAAAAUUACAAAGAAAAAUAUCAAUGAAAAAUGAUUGAAAAUCAUUGAAUAAAUAAUCUGUUACAUUUCAAUUUUUGGAAUAUCUUGUUGUGUAGUUUUUUCGAUUGAAUUUAAAUUAAAAAUUAAAAUAUUUAUCUAGUCUAAUUUAAAAGAAAAAUUAUUAAAUCCAUAUUUUAUUCUACUUUGAUAAGUGUUAUUUCCCAAUUUUUCCCACAUAAGAAAACACGAAGGAGCAGAAUACUCUCAUAUCCAUGCAAAAUAUUCACAAAUUCAAAAUGUAAAUCAAAAUAUCUUUAAAUAAACGA